GGUUGGGUGAUGAUAGUCGUCAUGAUUUCAUUGACGAUAUAUAUCAUGGCAAGGAAAAGGAAAGCAACGGACAAGGACACCGACAAAGGCAAGGGAAAGAGUGUCGGUAGUAGUACAAACAAAAAGAAGGCGAAGGGAAAAGGCAAGGGAAAAGGAAAGGGAAAGACGGGGUUGCGUGAUGAGCCAACGGAUUCGGAAACCGAAUCGGAGCAUAACACAAGGGAGGCGGAGGCGGAGGAGGAACCGGUGAGAAGAGUUGUGAGGAUGCCACGGUCACAUUCAUGCGGCAUUUUUGGAGCUAAGAUACCAACAAGACCUCGACGGAUCAAUAUCUCCGAUGGACAGUAAGUAUAUUUUUUUAUAUGUUGUGUUUUGUAGUGAUUUGUAAUGAUUAAUAUAUAUAGUGUGCGUUAGUUAUUAAUAAUUUGUUCACGAGUUUAUAUUUAUAAUGUUCUUAUAUAGUAUUGAAGAUAAUGAGGCAAAAAAGACUUUGCUUGCGAUUAUUCGGGCAAGAUGGCCUUUGGGUAAAUACACGUUUAGUGACAUAGACGCGGCUUACCCAAAGUGGCUCGGUCUAAGGGUUGAGGAGUUUCUAAAAUAUUAUAGGCAAUUGAAAGGUCAAAGCCGUUCAAAAGCCAAAGCUAUCAUUGAAGAUCACAUAAAGGUCACAAUCAAAAGGACCAUGAAUGAAUUGAAGAGGAGGAUCGAGAGGAAGUCAAGGGAGGAAGGGGUUUCGAAGUUGGCUUUGAAACCGGAAUAUUGGAAUAUCAUUUUUUGGAAAGAUCUUCUCAAGUAUUGGGACACGGAUGAAGGCCACUUGCAUAGGUCGGAAGUUGGAGCUGCUAAUCGGCAACGCGUGGAAAGGUUGCAUAGCGCGGGUGCUCGCUCCUUCAACCGUGUGCGCGAGAACAUGAAAAAUAAAUUGUCUAAAAGUCCGACAAAGCUUGAGGUGUGGGAUGAAUGCCACACUAGGAUCGGCUCCACUCCCGAGAGCCGGAUAUAUACUACCCCCGCCGCUAUGCGCAUUGCGGAACGAUAUGCCUCGAUUCUUGAGCGUAUGCCGGUGGAGGUUACUCAAGCGGGGGAGCGGGAUGAGCCUUGGGAUUGGUGGAUGGAAGCAAUGGAGGUUCCCCAAGGCGAGAGGCCAAAAAAGAAUUAUGUUGUGGGGUUCCCCAAAGCUCGAGCUAGUGAUUUGAUCCCAACACUAGCCACGCACUAUAGGGAUUCCACCCGUGGCGGCGCCGGCUCAUCCUCAUCCGCUCCAACACAAAAUCCAGUGGUUCCCGAUUCCAUCUUCCUCCCGAUUGUCCGCAAUGUGCUCAAUGAAACCCGUGCCAAUCCUCUGCAAUUUGCUCGUCGCCUAUCGGAUGAGGAGAUAACAACCUUUGCACGCACAGCCCUCGAGGCGUCCGAUCCAGCCGCUGACCCGGCUCGGAGGGCGGAAUGGAAUAACCUUCUUGGCGGCGAGGUUGUGCAUAUUGUAGGGACAUUGCUCGAGGAUGUCCUCCAAAAAAUGGAUGCUCGUGCUAAAAUGGCAACUGCGCAAGAGGGAGAGAAAGAUUACACGGAUGUGGACGAGGACACGGAUGAAAACACGGAUGAUGAGGGUGAGGGUGAAGCCGGUGGCGAAGGUGGUGGGGAAGGCGGUGGUGAAGGCGGUGGUGAAGAUGGUGGCGAAGGCGAUGGUGAAUCAUCCGAUGUUUCUUUGACCGAUUAGUGUAAUUUAUAAUUUAAUUUUAACGGAUGGUAUAUAUUAAGACAAUGGUUGGAUUUGGAUUGUGGUGAAUGUUUGUGUUUUGAAUGUUUGGAUUUGGAUUUGUAAUUAGAAUGUUUGAAUUUGUAAAUAGAAUGUUUGGAUUUGGGUUUAUUUAGAAUGGUUUCGUUUAAUUUUGUUUAUUUAGAAUGGUUUCGUUUAAUUUUGUUGUUUGGAUUGUGGUUGGUAUGGUUUUGGUAUGGUUCUGGUUUUGGUAUGGUUCUUGUUUGGAUUGUGGUUAGAAUGGAUUGGAAACUGCAGAUUCUGCUGCAAUUUUUUUAAAAAUUCACCCAGCAAAACCGACCGAAUGGUCACAAAACCGACCGUUUUUUACCAUAUUGUUGCCAGAAAACCGA